AUGUUGGAAACAUGCAACAUUAUUUGUAAGAGCAAAACUAAGACAUUUGAGUUGAAACAUUUGACUGUCUUAUCAUCAGAAGGCAAUACAGUUGUAUGUGCUGUGCAAGUUGAUUGCAUUGAGGUACCUGAGUCUUGGCCAGAUGUUGGUGACAUUGAAUUUCAACAUAUUGCCUUAAACUAUGAUCCUGAACAGAGCCCCACUGUUAUGGAUGCCACUUUUACUAUAAAAGAUGCGGAAAAGGUGGCCUUCUGUGGACAUGCUGGGAGUGGGCGAUCAUCUCUCAUCUUAUCCUUAUUCAAGAUGAUCCAUGUACAUGAAGGAAAGAUCUUGAUAAACUAUCAGGACAUAUCAGUUGUGCCGUCCCAAGUUCUGAGAUCUCGUCUUUCCAUUGUACCCCACGACCCAAUCAUGUUUGACGGAACAGUCAGGUUCAAUCUCGAUCCAGAAGGCAUAUAUAAAGAUCCAGAGAUUUGGGAAGCUUUGAAUGCAGUUCAAAUGAAAAGCACAGUUCAAGAGCUUCCCCAUAAACUGGAAACUGUUGUCCUCCAUGAAGGCAAGGAAUUUACUAUUGGACAAAGACAGCUUUUCUGUUUUGCUCGAGCUUAUAUGAGAGACAGUAAAAUAGUUAUUGUGGAGCAGGAACACACUAACGAUGAUGCCUUGAUGGAGGAAACCAUUCAGGACCUCAUCCGCACUGUGUUCAGGGAUUCCACCGUUCUUGUGACUUUGCAUCAUCUGACUCAUCUAAAUGAUUAUGACCGUGUUAUGGUAUUAGAUCAAGGUAGAAUUGUGGAAUUUGAUAAAGCUUCUGAAUUAUUAAUGAAUGAAAACAGCAUGUUAGCAGCAUUGGUACGAGAAAGCCAGCUGAAACGGCCCAACAAAGUAGUCAUCACUAUUUCUUGAACCAUUCACAUCAUAAUCACUGGUUAACAUUCAUCUUUAUAAUACAGAUGUGCUCAGAAGAUUCUGGUUACAGCCAUCUGCAUAUCAUUCAGAUAAUGAAUCUAAAACUUAUUUUCAAAACACUAUUAAAGAUUUUAAACAAUCCAGAUUUAGAUUCAUUAGAUUAUAUUGUAUAUGUAGGUGUUUUUUUAAAUGUGAAUUUGAAUGUAUAUACAUACAUUAUACACACACACACACACGCACACAGACAUUA